AUGGAGUCAAAAUAUUCAAUCAGAAAAUUCUCAGAAAACUCUACGGUGAAAAGGCCGAAGGAGUUAGGCUGUUUUUCGAGAAAUAUUGAAAAUGAUAUCACGAUAGAUGAUUCCCAGCUUAGUUACUAUUACCUUUCAGACGCCGAUUUGAACACUCCUGAUGGAAUAGACUUGAGUGGAGGCUUUUCCUCUUUUAAGGCAAAUCCAAAACUAGACUACGGUGACUUUACUGGUCUUCUUAGGUGCAUAAUGAACUACGAAAUUGAGCACAACAAAAAAGUAUCAGCUAAAUUGAUUACCUGGAGAGGAUUAUUGAAAACAUUAAUGCUUCUACCAUACGAAAACCGAGACAGACUCGUUUACAACAUAGUUGUCUUUGAUCGUCAGCUUUUCAUGCAAUCUGACAUUGAAUUUAGAAGAGAGGCCGAGAGUGUGACUCCAAAUGAUAUCCAAAGGAAAUUUAUGUAUUCCGGCUACAAGUUUGAAAAAAUUGCGACUCUUCCCAAGCCUUGGGCUAAAUGCACAAGAAAGGAGAUUGAAAAGAGAAAUAAGUUAGAAGUAAACAAUAUUGAGCAAUAUGGUAUAGUGGUGAAGACAACCAUUGGAUCGACUCCUCUGCUCCUCGGUGCGGAGGUAGAUUGUGUCUGGGAUUUCAAACCAAACGACGGAUCUUCACCAUUAGCUCAUUAUGUUGAGUUAAAAACCACUGGACCACUGAAUGACCCAGGCAAGGUAUUCAACUUCGAAAACAAACUGUUGAAAACAUGGGCGCAAUGUUUCUUGGUGGGUAUACCAAGAAUAAUUUAUGCGUUCAGAGACGCAUCGCUGAAGAUUAGGAGCAUUGAAGAGUUCAAAACCGAGGAUAUACCUCUGAUGAUCAAGAAUAAUCCUAUAUCGGUACAAAGACAGCAGCAGAAUCCUAAUGUAAGAAUUGUUAACAAAUCGAUGCAAUCCAUCAAGUUUUUGAGUGGUAUUCUCAGCUGGUUGGAGGAAAGCAUACCUAUUGACGAUGAAACCAAGACCUAUAGGUUAGAGUUUGACCCAAGCAAGAAUAGUAUGUUUGUGAAUUUGCUCGAGAAUGAUGAAGAAACCACCAAAAAGUUACAGUCUCCAUACGAUGGUGAGAAUGGUGGAAUGCUAACAGAAGAAUUCAAGUUAUGGAGAGAAAAAUUAAAUGUCUCAAGUAAAUAA